AUGUGUAUCGAUACACGCGACGCGAACCCCGUAGAAAAGGCUGAAAGGGGACUAGAUGCCUGCUGCGCAAAAGCUUGUAAUAGGCAUACUUAUACUAUCAUACUUAUGGAUGUGCAUCGCAAACUGUUGCAAUUGUUGCAAUAUAGCGUAAUACGAGGGACACGUGCAGGCACCUUUCUGUACCCUUGGAUGAAGGAAGCCUCAUAACGAGAUCGAGAAUUAUCGCGAGCACUUUCCAACCCUAAAUCGUUCGAGUUACUUUUUUUUUUCGUCUAUUUCAGAUCGGAAUUCGAAGGUGACAAGCACGACCAACGCCCACAUACUUCAAGUAUCGUACCGGCUAUCGAUCAUAAUGAAUUAACGAUUCUGACGCAACGCGCUGCUUCUUUUUUAUUAUAAAUAUCAGAUGUUUGGCGUCGGGAAGCUCGAAUCGUGAUAUGA